GAGAAAGCAACAUCUUGAUCUCUGCAUGUUUCUGUGUAAAUGGACCGAGGCUAGCUGGCUUGCGUGCAGGUUGGUAGUAAACUCCGCAACUCACGAGUAUGGCGACUUAAUAACACCUUUAACCUUUCUGUAGAUUUAUACCGCCAUCUUUGCUUUUGUGUUUGUCUGCUGUUUAUUUUAGCACCGCAGUUCCAAGAGUCGUUGCCAUCUCAACUGCUUAGUUUUGACUGUGAGCGAUUCCUCCUCAGCAAGGUAGCCGCUAAUGCUAGCCUCCAUAUAAACGUCCAUAACUUAUGUGGUCAUUUCAAACUCGUCUUUAAUAUAUCCUGUUUGCACGAGAGCGCACUCGAGCUGUAGUGUCCAAGUAGAGCGAGAGAAGACGGGUUUUUGUGUGUGUGAAGGGAAAUAUGUCAGGAGCUAACAGAGGACAGGGAAGCGCGGCUAGUGAGAUUCACAACCAAGAGAAUAUGCUGUCAAGACUGAGAGGCUCGCUGAAAGCCCGAGCUGCUGCUGCUUCAAACGAGAACCAGGAAAACCUUCCACCGAAACAAGCGGCCAACAGAACCGUCCUGGGAGCCCUGCAGACAAACCAGCGGAGCAAAACCCAGAACCAGCGCGGCACCAAGCAGGAGUCAUCGCAGCCCCUGUCCUGCAAAAAUGAAGAUUUUGGCAGAACCUGCUCAGAGAAGCCCUCAGCCAAGCAGCCCUCAUUCCAGAUCCAUGUGGACGAGCCCGAUGGAGCCUGCACCAAGAAGCCACAGCAGGUGGUCGAAGCUGUCAGAUCCAAGCCCAUCCCUGAAGAUUCUCCCCUCACAAUCAAUGCUGUGGCACGGCUCCGACAGCCCCUGGCCACCAUCGACAUGCCAUCAGCAAUGGAUGUCAGCUUUGACUCUCCCAUGGACAUGUCUGUGGUUGAAGGAGAGGAAAAACAAGUCAAUGUAAAUGAGGUCCCAGAAUAUGCUGCUGAAAUCCACGCCUACCUGAAGGAGAUGGAGGUAAAAACCAGGCCGAAAGCAGGCUACAUGAAGAAGCAGCCUGACAUCACCAACAGCAUGAGGGCCAUCCUGGUGGACUGGCUGGUCGAGGUCGGAGAAGAGUACAAGCUCCAGAAUGAGACACUUUAUCUGGCUGUAAACUACAUCGAUCGCUUCCUCUCUUCCAUGUCUGUCCUGAGGGGGAAGCUUCAGCUGGUCGGGACUGCUGCCAUGCUGUUGGCUUCGAAAUUUGAAGAGAUCUACCCCCCUGAGGUGGCAGAGUUUGUUUACAUCACAGACGACACCUACACCAAGAAGCAAGUGUUGAGAAUGGAGCAUCUGGUGCUUAAAGUGCUCUCCUUUGAUCUGGCAGCACCAACCAUUAACCAGUUUCUCACCCAGUACUUCCUCCACCAUUCGGUUAACAAACAGGUGGAGAGCCUGGCAAUGUACCUUGGGGAGCUCAGUCUUGUUGAUUCAGAUCCCUUUUUGAAGUACCUCCCAUCACAGACAGCUGCAGCGGCCUACGUCUUGGCCAACAACACAGUGACUGGUGGCUCAUGGCCCAAGUCCUUGACGGAGAUGUCUGGCUACUCCCUAGAAGAUCUGAUGCCAUGCGUCGAAGAUCUGCACCGCACAUACCUCAAUGCUCCUCAGCAUGCGCAGCAGUCUGUUCGGGAGAAGUACAAGGGCCCCAAGUACUCUGAAGUUUCCCUCAUCGACGCUCCGGCUAAACUGCUGCUGAACUAACAUCCUCCCCCCUCCCCUUGUCCAUGUAGAGUUUUGUACACCUGUCGGUCUAUUUUUUUUUUUUUUUUUGGUGUCACGAUUUCAAAGGACAUGGUCUGCUCUUCUUGGAGUAGCACAAUGUUUAGAGUUUUUUUAAAAAGGUAUUUUUAUAUGCUUAAUCCUGACAUUCAUACCAGACGCUACAGUUGUUGGUUGAUCAAGCAAUUUUAAUGUUGACUUUUAAUCGCAGACAAAAUCACCACCCUGUACAUUCUGCUUUGAGCUACAGUGUUUCAAACUCUAAUAGACCUGUGAACAUACUCAAUCCCAGAACCUGUUUUGAAAAGGUUGAAUCAAGCAGUUGUUGCUGACCUCAUGGGAUGCAGAUUAAAGUACAUUUUGUCUGUAAUGGAGUCAGCUGUCUCAUUACACUGGUGUCUUUUUAAGUUAACAGCUUUUAAAGCACCAUCUGCACUGUAAAAUAUGGCUCUUGUAAAUAAAAUUC